GGUUGUCAUUGCCAAUAGGAAUUGGAUGGAGGAAGUGAAGCCGUUGACAGUCAGGAAGCAGAAUUCCCGUUGUUGUGGGGAGUGCUGGCUGCUAUGUAGGUUUAAAAUAAUAAUAAGAAAAAGAGAAUCGAGUUGAAAUAGAUCACUAGCCGAACCAUUCGGCAAAAUGAUUCCUACGCAAGAUGCAUCAGCGAGGAAAAAGGAAAUCGACGAGAAACUCAAACAGGAACAGGACACUCUCUCUUUUAUUCUAGAGAACUUGGAGAAAAGCGACCAGUUAACAAAGGGCAUGGUUUCCAUCCUCUCCUCCUUUGAAAGCAGAUUAAUGCAGCUGGAGAACUCUAUCAUCCCGGUCCACAAGCAGACAGAGAACCUGCAGCGGCUGCAGGACAAUGUGGACAAGACCCUGUCCUGCAUGGACCACGUCAUCAGCUACUACCACGUGGCCAAGGACACUGAUAAAAUCAUCAAGGAGGGUCCCUCAGGGCGGCUAGAUGAAUACUUGGCUUGUAUUGCUAAAAUCCAGAAGGCAGUGGAGUACUUCCAGGACAACAACCCUGACAGUCCAGAGCUCAACACAGUGAAAGUCCGGUUUGAGAAGGGCAAGGAGCUGCUGGAGGCGGAGUUCCAUAGCCUGCUGACCCGCUACAGCAAGCCGGUGCCGCCCAUUCUGAUCCUGGACCUGAUUGGGGCGGACGACGAGCUGGACACCCAGGAGGAGGUCACCCUGGAUCACCUUCCAGAGACGGUCCUGCAGGACAUCAUCUGCAUCUCGGGCUGGCUGGUGGAGUACGGCCGCAACCAGGAUUUCAUGAACGUGUACUUCCAGAUCCGCUCCAGUCAGUUGGACCGCUCAGUGAAGAGCCUCAAGGAGCAUUUCCGCAAGAGCAGCUCUUCCUCGGGGGUGCUGUACUCCCCGGCCAUGCAGAACAAGCGUAAAGACACGCCCACCAAGAAACCACCCAAGAGACCAGGCACAAUCCGUAAGGCUCAGAACCUCCUGAAACAGUACUCUCAGCAUGGGCUGGAUGGGAAAAAGGGGGGCUCUAACCUCACGCCUAUGGAAGGUCACGAUCACGACCUGAGGGUUAAACACCUCUCCGACGCCCUGAAUGAGAGGCACGGGGCUGCUGCGGGUAAGGAUGACGUGCUGGAUAUCGAGAUUGACUCCUACAUCCACUGUAUCAGUGCCUUUGUGAAGCUGGCGCAGAGUGAGUACCAGCUGCUCACUGACAUCAUCCCCGAGCACCACCAGAAGAAGACCUUCGACUCGCUCAUCCAGGAGGCCCUGGACAAUCUGAUGCUGGAAGGAGACAACAUUGUGUCGGCAGCCCGUCGAGCCAUCAUGCGGCAUGACUACUCUGCUGUGCUCACCAUAUUCCCCAUCCUCAAGCACCUGAAGCAGACCAAGCCUGAGUUCGACCAGGUCCUGCAGGGCACAGCUGCCAGCACAAAGAACAAGCUGCCCUCCCUGAUAACAUCCAUGGAAACCAUAGGAGCCAAAGCACUGGAGGAAUUUGCUGACAGCAUCAAGAAUGAUCCAGACAAAGAGUACAACAUGCCCAAGGAUGGGACAGUUCAUGAACUGACUAGCAAUGCUAUCCUGUUCCUCCAGCAGUUGUUGGAUUUCCAGGAGACGGCUGGGGCAAUGCUGGCAUCACAAGUUCUUGGGGACACUUACAAUAUUCCCUUAGACCCCCGAGAAACAAGUUCAUCAGCAAGCAGCUACAGCUCUGAGUUCAGUAGGAGGCUCCUCAGUACAUACAUCUGCAAAGUCCUGGGCAACUUGCAGCUGAACCUGUUGAGCAAAUCCAAAGUGUAUGAAGACACCGCACUGAGUGCCAUCUUCCUGCACAACAACUACAACUACACCCUCAAGUCUCUAGAGAAGUCUGAACUGAUCCAGCUGGUGUCUGUGACCCAAAGGAAGGCAGAGACCCAGUACAGGGAGCUGAUUGAGCAGCAGAUCCAAUCCUAUCAGCGCAGCUGGCUAAAGGUGACAGAAUAUAUUACAGAUCGAAACAUGCCUGCCUUCCAACCUGGGGCCAAGUUAAAAGAUAAGGAACGACAGAUGAUUAAAGACAAAUUUAAGGGUUUUAACGAUGGUUUGGAGGAGCUGUGUAAAAUCCAGAAGGUGUGGGCCAUCCCUGAUAAAGACCAGAGAGAUGCCAUCCGCCAGGCGCAGAAGAGGAUGAUAACGCAGGCGUACAGGGCCUUUCUGCAGAGAUAUACCAACAUCUCAUUUACUAAGAACCCAGAAAAGUAUCACAAAUACAGACCAGAGCAAGUGGAAGAAAUGAUUGAGAGACUGUUUGAUACAUCAGCAUAAGCCCCAGCCUGCGACUGAUCGACUGCCCUGCUCGGCCUGGCCCACACUGCCUCCGCCUCGCUUAAGAGACGCUCAGGAUUUACUUUUGUAAAUUAAUUAUUGUUAAACAUUAAACAAAUAUAUUGCACAA